GUUUUGCUAUAGAAUUUCAGACUCGAGCUCCACGUUUUCAAAACGAACCUCCGAACCGAGUAGACUUCUCUAAUUCAAGUGGUACAGCUAUCACAUGCAGCGCAGAUGGACGACCACCACCUUUGAUCCGGUGGGUUAAACAUGAUGGUGAAGUACUGCAAGAUCUCCCUGGUCUUAGAUAUACAAGACAUGAUGGCUCAUUAGUAUUCACACCUUUCCAGAGCGAGGAGUACAGGGCAGACGUACAUGCUUCCGUGUACAGAUGCGAAGCUUCAAACAGAGUUGGUGUCAUUGGCAGUAGAGAUGUGCACGUCAGAGCAGUUGUUUUGCAACACUACGAAAUUCGAUUGUUCGACGAGUUUGUUCUUAGAGGUAACAUGGCUGUCCUUCGGUGUCCUGUCCCCAGCUUCGUGAGUGAUUAUGUCAGAGUUACUUCAUGGGAAAGAAUAGACGGGUUUCUAAUAACCCCAGGAAUUAUAAGCGCAAAGUAUGGAAUGUUAGAAAGCGGUGAUCUUUACAUACGAGAUACCACUGAGCAUGACGGAUCCUACAGUUUCAGAUGUCAUACAGAAAAUACAGUAACCAAAGAGAAAAAAGUUAGCAUGAAUUAUUCCAGGAUUAUUGUUACAGAACCUCAUCAUAAUCAACCCCCUCGAGUGACCAGACGUCUGAGCCGCGUUCUGGUGCCACUUGGGCAGCGAGCCACCUUGCCUUGCAUCGCUCAAGGCCAUCCUGUCCCUGCAUAUCGCUGGCACAAGGCCCAAGGCGAUCAACGGCCUCUUCCAGAUCAUACCAUCUCAGUCAGCCAAGAAGGCGGGGUCUUAAUUUUCCACAAAGUGGUGCCCAGUGAUACGGGACGUUAUAUCUGUCACGUGACAAAUAUAAUGGGUGAAGAUAAAGUGGACACAGAACUGAUUGUCGAAGAACCUCACCGAGUCGCAAUCACUCCUCCAGAACUCCGUUUAGAAGUAGGGAAGACGGCCACUCUGAAUUGCUCUGUUUUUGGCAGCCCCCCCGGUACCGUGGUAUGGAGGAAAGACAUGCUGACUCUGCUGCCAAGUCCACGAAUCUUAUUUCCAAACCCUUAUCUUCUUCAAGUGAGACAAAUCAGAAGGCAAGACGCCGGAAUGUACCAGUGCUUCAUUCACAGGGAGCUUUAUUCAUCACAAGCGUCGGCCAGACUCAUUAUUGGCGAUCUUUCUCCGUCAUUAAAACUGACGUUCCCGGAGAAGACAGUCCGACCAGGAAGAUAUGUGUCCUUGACAUGCAUCGCCUCCGGACAUCCAGAGCCCUUGAUUCGGUGGUCAUUGGACAACAUAUGGCCCCUAUCCACACGCCAUGGCGUUCUCAUCAGCUCUUACCAAACAAGCAAUGGGGAUGUUGUCAGUUCUGUCAAUUUCACUUCUGCGGACGUCACUGAUAGUGGAGUAUACUCUUGCGAGGCAUCCAACGAUGCUGGAACUGUUAGUUAUUCUAAAAGACUCAAUGUAUUCGGCCCCCUCUUCAUCAGAACUAUUAAUAAUUUGACUGCUCUGGCAGGGGAAACAUUUUCUGUGAUAUGUCCCUUUGGAGGAUAUCCUUAUGAUACGAUACAAUGGAAAAGAGAAUUAGAAGUGAUCAUCCUGGCCGUGCACGUCCAACGUUUGCUACUUGUCAUGGAAAAGAGCACUUGCACACUUUUUGGAAUGAUGGAAUAA